UGGAAUUACCCAGAUUUCCCUCGUCUAGGCGCAACUGUCUCUUCUGAGGCGCUGACGUGAACGAUUACGUCAUACUUGUGAUGCAUGCGCAGUAAGCUUUAAACAAUAUGGCGGCCCCCGUCGACUUGGAGUUGAAAAAGGCUUUUGCAGAACUCCAGGCCAAGGUGAUCGACACCCAGCAGAAGGUGAAACUAGCAGACUUGCAGAUUGAACAGCUGAACCGCAUGAAGAAACAUGCACAUCUGACGGAUUCAGAAAUCAGCUCCCUCCCAGAAGAGACGCGCAUGUAUGAAGGAGUGGGUCGAAUGUUUAUUCUACAACCUAAAAAGGUCAUCCAUAAUCAACUUGUAGAGAAGCAGAAAGGUGCAGAUGAGAAAAUCAAAGAACUAGAGAUAUUUAAUAGAGUCAAAUCAGGUUUAACAUGAGGAAACAUGACAAAAGCAACGCAAGACAUAUCUUGAGCGCAGUGUGAAGGAUGCAGAGGAUAAUAUCCGGGAGAUGCUGAUGGCCAGGAGGUCGCAGUGAACACACUUGGUCUCCUUUUGCUCUUCACACUUACUUGUACAGCACUGUUGACCCGGUCAUUAAAGAAAGUUCAUAUG